CAGAGCAGAGCAGAGCAGAGCAGAGCAGAGCUGAGCUGAGCUGAGCAUUACAUUACACUGCAUUACAUUGCAAGCCGGGGAGGAGGAGCGAGCAGAUCGGGGCUUCGAAUAAUUCGAGGAGACAGGAGAAAAAGACGCCCAGGUGGAUUUGGAGGGUGCAGCUACAGAUUAGGCACCUCUGGACUUUUUUUUUUUUUUCUUCCUCCCCUCUUCGGUAGCACGGAGUUGACUGGAUCUCAUUCAGUGGGGAGUAACCUAACUACCUGGACAGCUUCAUUCAGGGAGAUUCAUUGACUUCCAGAGCCGAGCCGGCUGCAGCCUGGUGCAGAGACCUGCCGACUGGGGCUUCUCUCUGUCUCCCCCCCACACACACACACAACCUCCCACCCCCCCCCCCCCCAGCCGCUCGCCUGGUUUGGGGAAGGGCGAGGUGGUGGAAUCCAACCCAGCUCGGCGCGCUCAGCCUAUGCCUUCCCCUCGGGGCGCCUGGUAGGUAGGUACCGCGCCUUCUUGCAGCAGCUCGACCUCCCCCCAAUGAUAGAUACGCUCAGACCCGCGCCCUUCGCGUCGGAGAUGGCGAUCAGCAAGACCGUGGCGUGGCUCAACGAGCAGCUGGAGCUGGGGAACGAGAGGCUGUUGCUGAUGGACUGCCGGCCGCAGGAACUGUACGAGUCGUCGCACAUCGAGUCGGCCAUCAACGUGGCCAUCCCGGGCAUCAUGCUGCGGCGGCUGCAGAAGGGCAACCUGCCGGUGCGCGCGCUCUUCACGCGCGGCGAGGACCGCGACCGCUUCACCCGGCGCUGCGGCACCGACACGGUGGUGCUGUACGACGAGAGCAGCAGCGACUGGAACGAGAACACCGGCGGCGAGUCGGUGCUCGGGCUGCUGCUUAAGAAGCUCAAGGACGAGGGCUGCCGGGCCUUCUACCUGGAAGGUGGCUUCAGUAAGUUUCAAGCCGAGUUUGCCCUCCACUGUGAGACCAACUUAGACGGUUCCUGUAGCAGCAGCUCACCACCACUGCCGGUGCUGGGGCUCGGGGGGCUGCGGAUCAGCUCUGACUCCUCUUCAGAUAUUGAGUCUGACCUUGACCGAGACCCCAACAGUGCCACAGACUCGGAUGGCAGCCCACUGUCCAACAGCCAGCCUUCAUUUCCUGUGGAGAUCUUGCCCUUCCUCUACUUGGGUUGUGCCAAAGACUCCACCAACCUGGACGUUUUGGAAGAGUUUGGCAUCAAAUACAUUCUGAACGUUACCCCUAACCUGCCAAAUCUCUUCGAGAAUGCAGGAGAAUUUAAAUACAAGCAGAUCCCCAUCUCGGAUCACUGGAGCCAAAACCUGUCCCAGUUUUUCCCUGAGGCCAUUUCUUUCAUAGAGGAAGCCCGAGGCAAAAACUGCGGUGUCCUGGUGCACUGCUUGGCUGGCAUCAGUCGCUCGGUCACCGUGACCGUGGCUUAUCUCAUGCAGAAGCUCAACCUAUCGAUGAAUGACGCCUACGACAUCGUCAAGAUGAAGAAAUCCAACAUCUCCCCCAAUUUCAACUUCAUGGGCCAACUGCUGGACUUCGAGCGGACACUGGGACUGAGCAGCCCCUGUGACAACCGUGUCCCGACUCAGCAGCUGUAUUUCACCACCCCCCCCAACCAGAACGUCUAUCAGGUGGACUCCCGGCAAUCCACGUGAAGGGUCCCCCUGGUCCUCCUGACUCUGGGAGGUGUCCGUAUUCCUUUAGCAGUUUCUCUUGGCAGCAUCAGAGGGGGCUGCCUUUUUUGUAUGUGGCACCUCCAUCCCUCCUGGUGUCAGGGACACCAGCUGUCUGUAUUAGACAAGGUUACCAAGUGUGGAAAUAGGUUAUUACAAAGGGAGAGAUUUGCUCCAUUCCCAUUGGAAGGACAGGGCAUGCUUUCUAGACACGAGCAGUAGGUUUGCUCCUCUGCGCGCAUGUGUACAGCCUUACCCAUGCAGGGACUGGAACCCCGAGCACUUCCAUGCUAACUAGGGGAGGGCCAAAUGAUAGGGUAAGAGCAUGUGUUCUUUUGGGCCUUGUCUGACUGUUUUCCUUGUUGCAUCUGGAACUGACUACAUAAUUUGUCUUCAGUGAAGACCGAUUUCACUUUUGCAUUGAGGAGCCAAAGAGAGGUUUCAGCUCUGUAUUUGUUACUGGUUUGCAAAAAAGAAAAAAAAAGUAAUAAUAAUACACAAGCUAUAUCUGAUAUACCACGUAAUGAUUGUAAAUAUGUGAUCUUCAGUCCCUUGUUAGUGUUUGUUUGAAUUUACUUUUUUCUUUGAUGGGUUUAGAAGAAAUCAUCCAAAGGGGGAGACAGCAGGAUGCCACUUCUGCAAAAAGAAGGAAAAAAAAAAGACACUAUUGCUCUUUUCUAAUCCAAAAGAUAUAUUUACAGCAUGCUUGAUUUUAUUAUGAAUGACAUUUUCUUUGACAUGUAUUUGCUGAGAAAUUGUUAUGGUGGUCUUUAUUCUCCAUAUAUCUUCCCUGUGGUCUUUGUUUUAAUGUAGUUUGACUUUGCCUUACCUUUGUAAAUAUUUUGGCUCCUGUUAUCUGAGAGAAGAAGGGGAGAUAACUUGGAAAGACACCAAAAUCAUGGGCUCAAUUUUUUUUUUUAACUUCAGCUGUGCUAAACAGUCUAUUACCUCUGUACAAAAUUCUUCAGGGAGUGUCACCUCAAAUGCAAUAUUUUGGGUUGGUUUCUUUCCUUUUUUGAAAAGUGAUUUGUAUAAAACUGGAAGUGUGCCUGUGAGCGUGGGUACCCAUUUGAUUGGUGUAGUGGGUAUGAUUGUGAAGGAGGGAGAAUUCCGUUGCUCCAUUGAUGUUCCUGGUGUAAAGUGUUGAGCUGAAAUUUAUUCUAAGAAUGUAAAACCUUAAAUUAUUAAUAAAUGACUAUUUUGGCUA